CACUACAUUAUAAGUCUGUUCAGUGAAUAUAAAAAGUCUGAUUACUGCAAUCUGAUUGGUCGAACAGCUGGUGCAGUAUCACUGGUACAGAUCAAGGAGCUACAGUCAGUACACCAUCUACUACACCGGACUCCUCCUCUGUGUCCUCAGUAUUAUUCACUGGGCCUACAUCUCAUCAGCAGUCAUCGACUUUUUCCUAACUUUUCUUGUCGUCAUUCAGCUAAUUGUGAUAGCUCUAUUCUUCUGUUCCUGGGCCGCACGCAUACUGAAAUACGAAAACAUUCUCAAAGUUAUUCUUUAUGGAGUGUUGUUAGCUCUUCUGCUGUACUUCUUUGCUGUGACGGCAUGGGCUAUACUCAGACUGCAAAAUGACAAACAAGAGUGCACACAGCCCCAGUGGCUGCUGUUCUCGGCGUCCCAACUUCUGGUGGUCCAACUGUUCUUCGCUGCCGUCAUCUACAUCUCUCGCAAGCUGA